AUGGAUCACGCUGACCAUAUGGCGUCUUACUACAUGCACCAGAGAGGACUUGCUGGUUCUGGAGCACAACCCGAGUUACAUGUUUCGUCGAGUUUUAAUCAUCUGUCUAAUCCCAAUCUACAAUUUCAAUCCAGCAUUGGUGGUUGUGGCAGUAACAUUGGAUCCACAUUACCUUUAGAAUCUUCGGCAAUUUCAUCUCAAGGUGUCAAUGUGAGUGGUCCUACCGGGGUACAGUCUGGAGAGACUGGAAAAAGGAGGAGAGGAAGGCCGAGAAAAUAUGGCGCUGAUAGAGUUGUGUCAUUGGCUCUUAGUCCAAGUCCAACACCGUCUAGUAAUACUGGAACCGUGAUGCAAGAUGGCCCGAAACGAAGGAGAGGGCGUCCACUUGGGAGUGGGAAGAAACAACAAUUGGCUUCUUUUGGUGAGUCGAUGGAUGGUGCAACUGGGACGGCAUUCAUUCCUCUUACGAUCAACAUUGCAAGUGGAGAAGACAUUGCACCAAAAAUCAUGGAAUUUUCUCAGGAGCGGGCUACUGCUUUAUGUGUUAUGUCAUGUCAUGGCAGGGUCUCGAGCGUGACCCUUCGUCAACCUUCAACUCAAGGUGGCACUAUCAGACACGAGGGAAAUUUUGACAUUUUGUGCAUGUCUGGCUCUUACUUGCCUACUGAGAGUGGCAGCUUAAUGGACCGAACUGGUGGAAUAAGUGUUAUGCUUAGUAAUCCUGAUGGCAGUCUCUUUGGUGGAAGAGUUGCUGGAGUGAUUGCUGCUUCUGGUCCUGUCCAGGUGAUGGUUGGGACCUUUCUCAUUGGAAGAUUGAAGGGAAGGAACAAGAAGAGAAAGGAACGCUCAAAUGAUGCAGAAGUGGCUGCUGAAUCAUCUGAGCGAGGAGCUCGCAAUCCUGGCGCACUGAACAACACUUCACCUAAUCAGAAUCUGACUCCAACCUCAUCCUCAAGCCCUUGGUCAGCAGCAGCGUCGCGUCCAAUGGAGAUGCGUGAUUCCAAUGCUGACAUUGACUUAAUGCGCGGUUGA